AUAGAAAGCUGUCGACAUCAAAUUGGAUGAUGAUUGUGACACUGAGAUGGCAUUGGUGGAUUUAAUCCAUUGAAAUCUACGAAUGUUGAAAAGUAAUUGCGUCAUUGUGCUCCAAAUAUCCACCCCAAUCACGGAUCAUCACUCUGCUCAUCGUCUUCGUCGUCUAGCUCUAUCUACGAUUAAUUCGAAAUAGAUUUGAGUAUUAUCGAAUAAAUCGGCGUGAAAAUGUCGGGAAAAGGUGCAAAAGGAUUGAUUAUGGCCAAAUCGUCGGUCGCAGGGGGAAGCAAGGACAAGGAUAAGAAGAAAUCCAUCUCUCGAUCGUCUCGUGCGGGACUCCAGUUUCCAGUUGGUAGGAUACAUCGUCUCUUGAAGGAAAGAACCAUGGCAAACGGGAGGGUGGGAGCAACAGCAGCCGUCUACUCUGCGGCAAUAUUAGAGUAUUUAACUGCUGAGGUGUUGGAACUAGCCGGCAACGCAAGUAAGGAUCUGAAGGUGAAACGUAUUACUCCAAGACAUCUCCAACUUGCAAUUCGAGGUGAUGAAGAACUCGAUACUCUGAUCAAAGGAACCAUUGCCGGAGGAGGUGUAAUUCCCCACAUCCACAAGUCGCUCAUUAACAAAUCAUCCAAGGACUAGUUUUAUUUUGGUAUGUUUGCUUUUCUCCAGACGGACAAGUUCUCUCGGGAAGUUUGUGUGACUAAACGCAUCAUGUAGGCUGCCUUUUCGACUAGCGAUAUAUUUUUCUAUUGAGGUUUCUUUUGAACAUUCUUAUGUGGUACAUUUCUUAAUGAAAUCAACCAUUUUAAGUUUGAUAAUACUCGAUUAUUUGCCCGUGUUUUCAAGUUUCAUUGUGCAUUGCUUUGUAAAUAUGUAAUUUUCGCUUUAGUGAUGAACAAUUUGGGUGACUUAUGUACAA